AUGGACUCAGCAAUAAAAUGGCUCAUCCCUCACCGCUCCAAACAUUACAUUGUGGAAGCAGACUCCCAGUGUCCAGACCCCAGUGCUCACAAAGAGACCUCCUUCAUCCAGUCUCCGUACCUGCGCAGCUCUGAGCGCUUCACCGACAGCACGGCUCCAGGCUCCAGGGGCCCAUGUGUGUCCAGCUCCAACUCCGCCAGCCUGGCCUGGGCACUGCGCACUCGGCACCAACCGGCCAGUUUGGCGCUGCGCAAGCAAGAGGAGGAAGAGAACAAGAGAUGCAAGGCUCUUUCUGACAGUUAUGAGCUUUCAACAGAUCUGCAGGACAAAAAGGUGGAAAUGUUGGAGAGAAAGUACGGAGGCUCCUUUGUAAGCCGCAGAGCCGCCCGCACCAUUCAGACAGCCUUCAGACAGUAUCGUAUGAACAAGAACUUUGAGCGCCUCCGAAGCUCCGCCUCUGAGAGCCGCAUGACCCGGCGCAUCAUUCUGUCCAACAUGAGACUCCAGUACUCCUUUGACGAACGCCAGCCACAGCAACAGGCUCAAACACAGACCAGCUUCACCCACAGUGUGGCCAUCGGCCCCCCUCACUCCCCAGACACUGACCGGCCUGGAGACUACACUCACCUGGAGGAUUCCUUCUCCAAGCAGGUGAAGUCUCUGGCUGAUUCUAUAGACGACGCUCUCACCUGCCGCACCGGUCGCAAUGACUCCCAGGAGGGCAGGGGGCUGAGCGAGGACUUUGGGGAGUGUAUGUGGAGCAGCAGCAGUAACCCAUCCUCUCAGAGGGGGUUGGGGGACAGAGCCAGGGGCCCAGGGGGAGGCCUGAGUAUGCACGGAGACAGCACUGCUACCUCGUACAGUGAUGUCACUCUCUACAUGGAUGAUGGCAUGCCCUCCUCUCCUCUGUCCCUGGACCGAGCUCCCAGCAGCACAGACACAGAGUACUGGGGUCCUGGCACAGGGGUGGGGGGCCGAGAGGACAGCAGGGACACAGAGGGGGGAGGCAGUAGUAACAGCCGCCGCAGUACGCCCUGCACAGAGUGUCGGGACUACAGGCUGAGAGGAGCUCACCUGCCUCUGCUCACCAUCGAGCCGCCCAGCGACAGCUCUGUGGACAUGAGCGACCGCUCCGACCGCGGCUCUCUGAGCCGUCAGCUGGUCUACGAGCAGGAGUCUGGGGUUGGAGGAUCCCCCCAGGGAACUCUCAAACACUCUCCAGGCUCAGGGACCAGGCCCUCGUCUACGGCCGCUGCUCAGGGGCAGACCAGGCCCUCCGGUCGGGCUAUCCCCACACACAUCCCUCAUCAGCCUCCCACCACUCCGCUGUCCUCCUCCUCCUCCACUGUGCUGCCCCCUGGUGGCUUGGAGCAGCCCUGUUGCUCAGAUGGGGACAAUGACUCGCUAAACUCCACCACAAACUCCAAUGAGACCGUGAACUGCAGCUCUGGUUCCUCGUCCCAGGACAGCCUGCGUGAGCCCCUCCCACCUCUGGGCAAACAGACCUAUCAGAGAGAGAGCCGCCACAGCUGGGACUCUCCGCCUUUCAACAGUGACGUUGUUCAGAGACGGCAAUAUCGCAUCGGCCUCAAUCUGUUCAACAAGAAACCAGAGAAAGGGAUCCAGUACCUCAUAGAAAGGGGGUUUGUAUCUGACACUCCAGUUGGCAUUGCACGCUUUAUUCUGGAGCGGAAAGGCCUGAGUCGACAAAUGAUUGGAGAAUUUUUAGGAAAUCGCCAAAAACAGUUCAACAAAGAUGUUUUAGACUGUGUGGUGGACGAGAUGGAUUUCUCAGGGAUGGACUUGGACGAUGCGCUGAGGAAGUUUCAAGCUCAGAUCAAAGUUCAAGGAGAAGCCCAGAAAGUGGAACGGCUCAUAGAAGCAUUUAGUCAGAGAUACUGCGUGUGCAAUCCCACACUCGUGCGGCAGUUCCAAAACCCCGACACCAUCUUCAUCCUUGCCUUCGCCAUCAUCCUCCUCAACACCGACAUGUACAGUCCCAACGUGAAAGCCGAGAGGAAGAUGAAGCUGGACGACUUCAUCAAGAACCUCAGAGGUGUAGACAAUGGUCAGGACAUCCCCAGAGACUUGCUUGUUGGAAUCUACCAGCGGAUACAGAAAUGGGAACUGCGGACCAACGAUGACCAUGUGUCCCAAGUGCAAGCUGUGGAAAGAGUCAUAGUGGGAAAAAAGCCAGUUCUGUCUCUCCCACAUCGCCGCCUCGUCUGCUGCUGCCAGCUGUACGAAGUGCCCGACCCCAACAGGCCCCAGAGGGCAGGCCUGCACCAGAGAGAGGUCUUUCUGUUCAACGACCUCCUGGUGGUGACCAAAAUAUUCCAGAAGAAGAAAACCUCAGUGACGUAUAGUUUCAGACAAUCUUUUCCUCUGGUGGAGAUGCAGGUGCACAUGUUCCAGAACUCAUACUACCCUCACGGCAUUCGCCUCACAGCGGUUCUGGGAGGAGAAAGAAAGGUGCUCAUUGUCUUUUUGGCGCCCAGUCAGCAGGACCGCACUCGCUUUGUGAGCGACCUCAGGGAGAGCAUCGCAGAAGUGCAGGAGAUGGAGAAAUACAGAGUGGAAUCGGAGUUGGAGAAACAGAAAGGUGUAAUGCGCCCGAGCCUUCUUACUGGAACGGUAGGAGGCGUGGGCCUGAAGAGUGAAGUUGUUAAUGGCUCCUUGGGAAGAACCAGUUUUGAUGACAACUGCUCCAUGGGCGAGGGCCUGAAACGCACCGCGCUCAGCUCCUCACUCAGGGACCUCUCUGAUACAGGAAAACGUGGUCGCAGGAACAGUGUUGGUUCUCUGGACAGUACCAUGGAAGGCUCUGUCAUUAACAGCCCUCAGCCGCACCAGCGUUACCCAGUGCCUGGGGUCACUGGAUGUUAUGGAUCAGAAGACUUCCGGCCUCACCGCCCCAUCCUGAGCCCCGGGACGGGGGUGGGGGGUGGGCCGGGGCAGCAACAUACCACUGCUGGGACAGGAGUUGGGGGAGUCUCCAGCAGUGUAGAGAGAGCAGGAGUGGGGAGCGGCCCUGGGGGGAGCAGCAGCAACAACAGCAGCUCUUUCCUGGGCUCACUAUUCGGCAGCAAGCGCGCCAAGCCACCAGGGCCCCUUAUUCCACCGGGGCCACCGUACCCCGCACCUGUCCCCCCACCGACUACAGGGGGGCCCCCUCCUCUCUCCCCAUCAUCUCUGUGCCAACUAGAGGGGGGGCCUACCAAGAUUCAAGCCUUGCACGCACAGUACUGUCACGCGAACACCGUGCAGCCACCGCCACCAUACUACCAUCACCAUCGUUACCACGUCCAACCUAUCCCUCCGCCCUUACAAGGAGUUACCCCUCUCACCUUACAGAGAGGGCAGCUACCCUGUCGGCCACCCCUCGGCCCACCGCCUCUUACCCCACACCCGCAGCUGGCUCAUCUCUCCCAGCUCUCCCAGCAUGGGCUUCAGGGUCGCUUCGGCAACAUGGUGGUGGGCUGUCCCCCACCACUUUCUCCUCUCUCCCAGCAUUCCCAGAACCCCCUGGGCCUGUACCACAUGCACCCCACACACUCAAUCAGAGGGGGAGGCGGUCCUGGUGCCAAACCUCCACUAACCCUGUCCCACUCCCACCCGCACCCCCACGCACACUCCCAAACCCACCCCGGACACGUGCACACGCCGCACCCGGGCGUGCACUCCAGCCACCAAACACACUUCAUAUUCGGCACUCUACCCCACAACCUGCCGUCCGCUACCGUGAAUGCGCAUCACGCAGCCUCCGCCGGCCAGUAUCUGCCCCAGUACCCAGCUCUUUCAUCUAUCCCCCCUCCCCCACCGCACUCCCCUUUACCCCCCCCUUCGUCCCCCCUUACCCCUCUUACCCCUCUCUCCCCUCACCCCCCCCAGCACCCCGGGCAGCCUCAGCAGGGGCAGCAGCGCUCGGACGAGCGCACCGACCACAGGUCGAGAGGCCGCACCAGAGCGUCUCGCACCGAGAGCAGCGGCAGCAGCGCGGCGGACAAGAGGAAACGCAGCCUGCUGCGCCUCUGCUACUUCCACCUGCGCUUCCCUCACAUACAGCUAGCUAAACCUGCAGUCAUCAACACAACAGAGAGCAACUACCAGCCCUUUACAACCCCAGGACAUCGAAGUGUCUGUGGGGAGAUGGAAGUGGACGAGUUUGUCCCUCCGCCGGAGUGUCCAGUGUUCGAGCCCUCAUGGGAGGAGUUCCAGGAUCCUCUAGGCUACAUUGCCAAGAUACGUCCCAUUGCAGAGAAGUCUGGAAUCUGCAAAAUCCGUCCUCCCCCGGAUUGGCAACCACCCUUUUCAGUCGAACUGGAUACCUUCCGUUUUACACCUCGUAUCCAGAGGCUAAAUGAGUUGGAGGCGGAAACAAGGGUCAAGUUGAAUUAUUUGGACCGCAUUGCACGAUAUUGGGAGAUUCAGGGAUCCUCUUUAAAAAUCCCACAUAUUGAAAGGCGCAUUAUUGACCUGUUUGGUUUGUCAAAGACUGUAACAGAGGAAGGAGGCUUUGAGAUGGUUUGUAAAGAGCGGCGUUGGGCUCGUGUGGCACAGAGACUGGGUUAUCCUCCAGGCAAAAACGCUGGUUCUCUUCUGCGCUCGCAUUAUGAAAGGAUUGUUUAUCCUUUUGAGAUGUUCCAGUCUGGAUCCAACUUGCUGCAUUGCAAACCAAGGCACUAUGAUGGAGAGGAAGUGGAUAAAGAAUACAAGCCACACUCCAUCCCAUUCCGGCAGUCGGUCCCCCCGUCCAAAAUGAGCACCUAUGGACGACGAGCCAAUCGCUGCCAGCCUGAUGGUCCAGAGGAUGUGACCCCUCAUCCUCUCAGCACAGGCUCUGAGCUCCAGUCUGCGCCCGAACCCACAGAGGAAGACAUAGAGAAAAACCCAGAGCUUAAAAAACUGCAGAUCUACGGCGCUGGACCGAAGAUGAUGGGACUUGGACUAGUGGCCAGAUAUAAAGGCUACAAGAAGAAAGAAGAACUGCCUCAAACUAUCACCAUUAAGGAAAACGCAUCGCCGCCUCCCGUCAAGACUGAGCUCAAUGUGUCUGAAGAGCAGAAAAGUGAAGAGCCCGACUCCACCCUGCCCCCUCCCUCCUCUGUCAACGUCAAACCAGAGUUCAAGAAGGAGGAGGCGGACGACAAGAAGGAGCUAGAUCCGGACGCCGACGCCAAAAUGACCAUGAGGCUUCGGCAAAAUAUCAACACCACUUCGGUGGAUUCCUUUGUUUGUCGCAUGUGCGGGCGUGGAGAUAACGAUGAGAAACUCCUGCUGUGUGAUGGAUGUGAAGACACCUACCACACCUUCUGCCUCCUGCCCCCUCUCACUGACCCUCCCAAGAUCAGAUGGAAAUGCCCCAAGUGUGUAGCAGAGGCUUGUAAGAAACCCACAGAGGCGUUUGGCUUCGAGCAGGCCACACGAGAAUACACUCUCCAGAGCUUUGGGGAGAUGGCGGAUGCAUUCAAAGCAGACUACUUCAACAUGCCGGUUCAUAUGGUUCCCACGGAGCUGGUGGAGCGUGAGUUCUGGAGGCUGGUGAGCAGCAUCGAGGAGGACGUGACAGUGGAGUAUGGAGCAGACAUUCACUCCAAAGAGUUCGGCAGUGGUUUCCCCAUGAACAACGGCAAGAAGGUCCUCACCCCAGAAGAGGAUAACUACGCCCGCUCCGGCUGGAACCUGAACGUGAUGCCGCUGCUGGAGCAGUCGCUGCUGUGCCACAUCAAUGGAGACAUCUCUGGGAUGAAGGUGCCCUGGCUCUACGUGGGAAUGGUCUUCUCUGCUUUCUGCUGGCACAUAGAAGACCACUGGAGUUACUCCAUCAACUAUCUGCACUGGGGGGAACCUAAAACGUGGUACGGAGUCCCCUCUGUGGCGGCAGAGCGGCUGGAGGAGGUGAUGAAAAAACUCACUCCAGAGCUGUUUGAGUAUCAGCCUGAUCUGCUCCAUCAGCUGGUCACCAUCAUGAACCCAAACAUCCUCAUGGCCCGCGGGGUCCCGGUGGUGCGCACCAACCAGUGUGCAGGAGAGUUCGUCAUCACCUUCCCCCGAGCCUAUCACAGCGGCUUCAAUCAGGGAUACAAUUUUGCAGAGGCUGUCAACUUUUGCACCGCAGACUGGCUGCCGGCGGGUCGCUCCUGUAUCGAACAUUACCGUCACCUCAGGAGGUACUGCGUCUUCUCCCACGAGGAGCUCACCUGUAAAAUGGCCACGUGUCCAGAAAAGCUGGACCUGAACAUGGCCGCAGCUACACACAGGGAGAUGUUCAUCCUCGUUCAAGAAGAGCGUAAGCUGCGGAAGUCUCUCAUGGAGCGGGGCAUUACUGAGGCAGAGAGGGAGGCGUUCGAGCUCCUGCCUGACGACGAGCGACAGUGUGACAAAUGUAAGACCACGUGCUUCCUGUCUGCGCUGGCCUGCUCCAACUGCCCCGAGCGGCUGGUGUGUCUGUACCACACUCAGGACCUGUGCAACUGCCCCACUGACAAGCUCUACCUCAGAUAUAGAUAUACGCUGGAUGAGUUAUUGGCCAUGUUACAUCGAUUAAAGGUUCGCUCUGAGUCCUUUGAUUCGUGGGCGAGCAGAGUGAAGGAGGCGCUGGAGCAGGAGGAGGGCAACAAGAUCGACAUUGAAGCUCUUGAGAAACUGAAGAUUGAAGCCGGUGAGAAAAAAUUUCCUGACAAUGAACUGCUUCGUAAACUCAACAAAGUUCUCAACAAAAUCGAGGACUGUAAAAAGAGCAGUGCUGAACUCCUCAGUUUGUCCAAAACGGGUGAAAACAAAAUGUCAGCAGCAGAGCUGUUGUCGUUGGUGGAAAACAUGCAGAAUCUGCCGUGUGUCCUGAAGCCGCUGGAGGAAGUGAAGGCCAUUGUUGAAACUGUGGAGUCUUUCCAACGGUUGGCUCAAACCUUCAUCCACAGUAAGGACUGGAGGAAAGAGUCUCCUCCUGCAGAGGAGCUGCAGGGGCUGCUGGAGCAGGGCUACCAGCUCCCUGUGACCGUCCCAGAGAGUGAGCUGCUGCUGGGGCUGAAGGAGCAGGGCCGCUGGCUGGCUGACGUGCGUUGCACUCUGGGCACCGAGAGUGGGGAGCGACAGGAGGUCACUCUGCCGGUGCUCAGGAGCCUAAUGGACGCCGGCUGCAGUGUCCCUCAGAGCCUUCCUGUGGAGUCGGCCAUGGGGGAGCUGCAGGAGCUGCUCACCAUCGCAGAGCGCUGGGAGGAGAAGGCUCAGAUCUGUCUGGAGCAGAGACAGAAACACCCUCUGUCAACUCUGGAGGCCAUUGUGAACGAGGCACAGCUCAUCCCAGUGAAGCUGCCCAACAUCAUGGCUCUUCAGGGCUGUCUCACACGGGCACGCGCCUGGGUCACUGAUCUGGAGGAAAUUCAGAAUGGGGAGCACUAUCCCUGUCUGGAUGACCUGGAGGGUCUUGUGGCCAUUGGGAGGGACUUGCCAGUGUUCAUGAAUGAGCUCCACCAGCUCGAACUACAAGUGAACAGCGCUCACUCGUGGAAGGACAAGACCAGUAAGACGUUCCUGAAGAAAAGCAGCCAGCACAGUCUUCUAGAGGUUCUAUGUCCUUGUGUGAAGCGGCGAGAGAAGCGGGGCCACACGGAGCCCAUGGAGGACCCUCUGGAUGAUACUGAUAACAACACACUGGGCCUCUCUGCCCAGGACCUGAGGGAUCCAGCUGCUAUUGUAAUAGCUUUCAAAGAAGGGGAGCAUCAAGAAAAGGAGGCUCUUCUGAGGUUACAGAAAUUAAACUUGUGUAAAUCUGGUGUGUCAUGUUACAAGGAGGAAAAUGAGAACGGUGGCUGGGACAGUGCCAUUGAAACAGACUCGUCCAACCACUCGGAGAACUCUGUACAGGAGAGCAUUAGUGGCCCCCAGACUGUGUGUGUUUGUGGGGGCAAACCUCGGGCCCCUCAGCUGCGCUGUCAUCUUUGUAAGGACUGGUUUCACGGAGGCUGCGUGUCCUUCCCCUCGCUGCUGCCCUCUUCAGAACAGUUGAACUCCCUCUGCUGGUGGGACUGGGACACACGCUUCCUCUGCCCUCAGUGCCAGAGGUCCCGGCGGCCACGGCUCGAGGUCAUCCUGGCCUUACUGGUGGCUUUGCAGAAGCUGCCGGUGCGGCUGCCCGAGGGCGAGGCGCUUCAGUGUCUGACAGAGAGGGCCAUCACCUGGCAGGGCCGUGCCAAGGAGGCGCUAGAGAGCAAGGAGCUACAGCAGGCCCAGCAACGGCUGCAAGAACUCAAAGACACUCUGCAGAAGCACACAAAGAAGCCAGAGGUGAAGAAGGAGCCUGAUGGGGGCGCUGUGAUCGUUCUGUCCGACUCUGAAGAACCUGAGGACGACAGCAUUAUAGAUCUGACUGACGAUUCGCCAAAGAAAAACGGAAUCAAUGGUGUUAAGACUUCGUCUGAAAAUGGCUUUAGCCAAACGUCCAGUGAAGGUGUGGGCGCUCUGCUACCACUACUGCCUUCUCUGAAAGGAUCUGUUGUAGAGCUCUCUCCAGCCACUAGGGGGAAGCUGGAGGAGCUACUGCUGGAAGGAGACCUGUUAGAGGUGACUUUGGACCAGACCCACCUCAUUCACAGGGUCCUACAGGCCGCGUCAGAGCCCCCCACAGACACGCUGCGCACUUUGAUUCAGAUUGAGCUCGAGGAGCAAAGACAAAGCAGCCGCGGUCGGACCAAGGACAAAAGGAAACGCAAGGUCGAAGAAGACCUGCCCCUCGAGCCACAGCCCCGCCCUGCAGCCACUGACGACCUCCAGGCUAUCGUUAUAGUUACGGUUUUGUGA